UUUUUUUAACAUAACCAUUAAGACUUUUAUUUUGUAAGUACGAUUCAACAAAACGUUCCCACGUCAAAUCCGGAUCAAGAUGGCAGCGACCUUGUGUGGCAGGCUUUUCCCGAAAUCGGGAUGGCUGCCAUUAAGCCAGAGUGUUCGUCACGGCUCCAAAGCUGUCACUCGUCACAGAAAGCCAUUACACUUUCUCAAGCAGAAGCUGAUGGCUGUCACAGAGUACAUUCCCCCCACACCCGCAGCUCCUCCAGCUGCUUUGGCUCCACGAGUCAGAAAGACUGAGGAGGAAAGUGCUCUGGCAGUUUUGUUGAGGAAAGACCUAGAAAACUUGUUUAAGGAAUGUAAGAUGAUUGCUGUGGUCCAAAACAAUGCAAUCAAUGCAGAGGACCUCAUGGUGCUGAAACACAAACUGAAGAGACACAAUAUCAGUGUCAAGUUCUUCCCAAACCAGGUGACAAGGUCCUUUCUCAGCAACAGCGUUUACAGUAACAUGUUGCCUCUAUUUGUUGGCCAGACUGUGAUAUUUGUUAGUAAAGAGCCAAAAGUUAAAGAGAUGCUCCAAGCGUUAAAACACAGUCCUCAGAUGGUGCUGUUAGGCGCUUGUAUAGAGAACACAUUGCUUUCAUAUCAAGGCAUUCUCAGUUACUCCAGACUCCCGUCUAUGACCACUAUCCAGGGUGAGAUAGUUGGGGGUCUAACCAUGAUGACUUCACAGACUGUCUCAAUGCUGCGUCACCAUCCAGCUCACCUUUCCGCCCUCCUUCAGCAGUACGUCAAACAGCAAGGCUCUGGGGACUCCACAAAUGCUGUUACAGAUAAAGAAACUUCAAUAAUACAGGAAGCAGCAGCUUGAAUUUGAUCAAAUAAAUGAACAGCUGUGUAUGGUUGACAUAAAAUGCAUAUAAUAAAAUGGAGUUAUUUAAAGUUGCAUUUUUGGUCAUUUAUAUGCUAUAGUUGGAGGUGAAUAUUUUGUUUGUCAGUGUUCAUAUUGUGAAGACCGGGGCUACAUUUCAUAAAGGCAACAUCUCUGCUGUUCUCUAGCAGUGAUUGUGUAUGUUGGUUUUAAAUGACUAGUUAAACACUGAAUUAGAAUAAUAUUAGUAAUAAUUCUGUCUUUCAAGGUAAAAUUUCAAUGACAUUUUGUAAUCUUAUACAAUUUAAGAAUAACAAUAAAACUAUGUAUAUUUGUUAAUAAUUGUUUUACUGUUAAAUGUUGCUGAAGAGCCACUAAUAGGCUAUUUAAUGGCAGAUUCCACUGUGACAACUUACCCCAUAUAGCUUGGCACCAAAUGUCAAUGUGCUUAUUGAACUGCAUUUUUUUUUCUUUAGCCUCCAUGGUGGUAAUGCAACAGCUUUUUUCUAGUCAAGUAUUUUAGGUAUGUACAGAAAUUGUCAGUUUAUAUUAAUAGGCACAGUGUCUAUUCUAUUUUAUUUAUUUUUUUGCCAGGGGUCUCCAACCCUGCUCCCUUCUCUCUUCAGCUUCCUGCACACUUCAAUUCCAAUCCUGCUCCAAUACACCUGCCUGUCCUUUCCGGUAACCCUGAACACUUUGAUUAGCUGGUUCUGGUAUGUUGGGUUAGGACUGGAGUUGAACUUUGUAGGACAGUAGCUCUCCUGGAGCAGGGUAGAGACUCAGACCUAUGCCUUUUUGGAUAUUUAAACAAUUUAAAGCAGGUCUCUUCAAAUCUUGCCCUGGAGGGCCAAUACACUGCAGAGUUUAGCUCCAACCCUGAUCAAACUCACCUACCUCAGAUUUUCUAAUGAUCCUAAAGACAUUGAUUAGCAUGCCCAGGUGUGUUUGAUUAGGGUUAGAGCUAAACUCUGCAGGAAAGUGGAUUUCGUGGGCCAGAUUUGAGGCUCCCUGAUUUAAAGUGUAGUUGAACUGAUUUGCAAGUUAAAAAGCCAAGAGAAACAUGUAUUUGUACCACCAAAAUAAACACUAGCUAGUGGUCACGGAUCCUGAUUAGUGAUAAUCUCAGGAUUACUUGAUGUUAAUCUAGG